AAAAUAUCGAGUCCAACAAAUAUAUGCAGAAAAUGAAAGUGAUAUUAAUGUUUGGCGAUGGACCUGGUUUUGUUCUGGUGAAGGCUGCUGCCAAAGAUUGUGUAGUGGGAUCGGCAAAUGCAUAGAAACAUGUAAUUACUAUUCAGAUCAACAUAACCUCAAGAAUCCUUUUGAUAUGCACAAAUAUAGUGUACGAAUUCUUACAGAGGUUAUGCUUUCUGAGGUUGAAAUGGAAUUUUCUAUAUGCAUGUCUAUUAAAGGUAAUCAUAUUCCACCAAAUAUUAUUCGAAAAACAACUGCAUUAUCUCAAAUUAAUUUAAGUAGAGAAGCACGUGAUCUUGCAAUUACAAACCAUCGAGCAGAUAAGCAAACAACAAAAGAAAUAAAAAUAAAACUCCUCACACCAUAUAAUGGUAAUUCACAAAAUGAACUUGAACGUUUGUAUAGUGGUCAAAAUUCGAUAUGUGAUGAC